AUGGAGUUUCUUCUGCUUUUUCAUCAAGUAUUGGUGGAAAGGAGUGCAGAUGAAACUGUAACUAAAGUACUUCCAGAAAAAUCUCAAGGAAAAGUUCUGCAAGCAACAGUAGUAGCUGUUGGAUGCAGAUCUAAAGGAAAGGGUGGAGAGAUGCAACCAGUUAGUGUGAAAGUUAGAGAUAAAGUUCGUCUUCCAGAAUACAGGGGCACCGAAGUCGUUCUAGACAACAAGGAUUAUUUCUUAUUUAGAGAUGGUGACAUUCUUGGUAAGUAUGUCGACUGA